GCCAGCAGGUUGUGGGCCGAUGUGACAGGUGUCACUUCUGGAUCAGAGCAUUUAACAGCUAGUGUGAGACGCUCUAGUGUGUUCUUUCCCAGCCGUAACAAUUGAUGAUGUCCCAGAUGGUGGAGCCUCCAUUAGCCAGAGUCUCUGAGGAGGAGGACAUGGAAUAGAGCCCCUGAAAACCUACAAUGGUGAUGUAACAUGAAAGAGAAGUAAACCUUUGUCAUGAUGGUGAAACCAAAUUCCAGAGUUGGGGCUGACCUGCCCCAGGUCACACAUCCAGGUUGCUUGGCUCCCAGGCUAGCCAGAGCUUUUUCCAACACCUGUGUGGCCCAGAUGCAGAAGGAGAGAGAAUGAGAUGGGUAAGUCCAACCAGACAGCAGUGACAGAGUAUGUCCUGCUGGGGCUACAUGAGCACCAUAUCCUAGAGAUGGUCCUGUUUGUGCUCUGCCUGGGCAUCUACUCUGUGAAUGUGCUGGGGAAUGCCCUCCUCAUAGGGCUGAACAUGCUGGACCCCCGCCUGCACAGCCCCAUGUACUUCUUUCUCAGCAACCUCUCCUUCAUGGACAUCUGUGUCACAUCCUCCUUCGUGCCUCUCAUGCUAGUCAACUUCCUCAAAGCCCAAAAAACCAUUUCCUUCCCUGGCUGUGUCCUGCAGAUGUACCUGACCCUGGCGAUAGGCUCCACAGAGUGCCUGCUCUUGGCUGUGAUGGCCUACGACCGUUACGUGGCUAUCUGCCAGCCGCUUAGGUACCCAGAGCUCAUGAGUGGGCAGACAUGCGUGCAGAUGGCAGUGCUAAGCUGGGGGACAGGCUUUGCUAACUCACUGCUGCAGUCCAUUCUCACCUGGAGAGUCCUCUUCUGUGGCCACAGUGUCAUCAACCACUUCUUCUGUGAGAUCCUGGCAGUGCUGAAACUGGCCUGUGGGGACGUCUCUCUCAAUGCGCUCCUCUUGGUGGUGGCCACAGCUGUCCUGUCGCUAGCCCCGUUCCUGCUCAUCUGCCUGUCCUACGUUUUUAUCCUGGCUGCUGUCCUGAGGGUGCCCUCUGCUGCAGGCCGGCGCAAAGCCUUCUCCACCUGCUCUGCCCACCUCACAGUCGUGGUGUUUUUCUAUGGGACUAUCUCCUUCAUGUACUUCAAGCCCACGGCCAAGGACCCUGACUUGGAUAAGAUUAUUGCAUUGUUCUAUGGGGUCGUGACACCCUCACUGAACCCCAUCAUCUACAGCCUGAGGAAUGCAGAGGUGAAAGCUGCUUCCAUAGUUCUGCUGGGGGGAGAUCUGCUCUCCAGGAAAAUGUCCCACUUUCGCUGUUGCUCUCCAACACUAUCAGGCAGGAGAGGCUAAGUUAUAUUGUGGCAAUGACUUCAAAAUCUCAGUGGUGUAAAACCACAAAGCUUUAUUUCUUGCUCAUGCUACAGGUCCAUUAGAGGUUGGCUUGGGGGGUGGGGUCUGCUCUGCAUCAUCAUCUUCAUCCCUUUGAGACUCAGGAUGAGAAAGCAACUACCACCUGAAACACUAUUGGUUGCCAUGACAAAAGGAAAAGAGAGAAUGACAAGACAUGUCUUGUUCACACUGUCCUCUGGUAAGGCCUGGAACAAUUUUUCAAAGCCAGUUUAGACACCAUCUCAUUCAUGCAUCCUUUCCUGACGCACUUUGAAAGUGUUCUCUUUCCUCUACAUCCUCCAGCACUUUGUUGGAAACUUUCAUUUGGUAACUAUCCCAUUCUGCUUUGCAUUCAUGAUAUUUCACCACGAUGUGAGCUCCUUGAGGGCAGGAUUUAGCCAGGUCUGGCUCAUCUCUACAGCUACCACAGAGCUUUCCUAUAGAAGGCUUACUGAACUGAAUUGUCACUCGGAAGCCCUCACAAUGUCACCAUGUGGGGAUUGAGUCCUGUGCUGCUGAGCAUUAUGUAGACAGACACAGUGAGGGGGCCGCAGUACUUGCCGGCCACAGCCCUGUAUUUCUCGAAGGUUGGGUUGUUGGCAUCUUGGGCUCUCCCCUCUACUGAGACAAGUCAGGAGAUAACCAAGGACCCCAUAUUGGGACCAGUGUUCCGGACCUGGUUCAGCUGCUCUGCCCAGCAUGGUUUUCUUGCUGGCCCUCUCCCCGCAGGAACCCCACAGGUACCUCAAACUCAAAGUAUCUGAAACUGAAAUCAUUCUGCCCAAAUCUGUGUACUAUCUCAGGGAGUGGCACCAUCAACCACCAAUCACCAAGCCAGAAACAUGGCAGCCCUGGACUUGCUGUCAUCCCUCACCACCCCACAUUUCCAGUCAGUCACUAAGUCCUAUAGCAUCCACCUCCUAACAGCUCUUAUUAAUAAAGCGGUCCCCUUCUUUCCACUAACACAGCCUUAAGCCUCCCCCAUCUCGCUCAAAUAUUGCAACAGUUGUGUUACUUUUGUCCUCCAAACUCUCCAAAAUCCAUCUCUGCACUAGCCAUCAAAACACCAAUAUGAAAAAAACAAAAUGCCAAUCUGAUAAUCCUACUCUCCUGCUUAAAUUCCUCCAAUGGCUCAUUUCCCACAGGAUAAAAACUGGACCCUAGCUAUCCUUCCAACCUCAUUACUGGUUCCUUGCCUCCACCCCUACCCACCCACACACACUCUCCAGGCCCAGGCUCACUGAACUAGUCCCAGUUCCCCAAUAAAUAUCAGUCCUUCCAUCCUCUGGGUCUCUCCCUUGCUGUUCCCUCUCAUGUCCAAACACCUCUUGACCUUUAGCUACCACAUACUGGACACAUCACAUAUCAGGCUAGGCACUGCACUGUGUUCUAAGUGUUUUACUGACUGGGGACCAGGUGGAAUGAUGGAAAUCUCAGGCGAGGGAUGCAAUAUAGACACUGGUGACCAGAGAGAACACUCUCCCAACAUCUUAGCCUUAUGAAAAAUCAUUCAAUCCUCACUCAAUACACCACCGCACCCCGCAUCAACACACUCAACACAAAGCCUCUCCUGACCCCUCCCAGCUGGGGGUGUGUGUUGAGUCUAUGCCAGCUCCAUCUCCCUCUUCAGCACCAUCUGUAUUCUGCUGACUCUGUCCUGAAUCCCAGCUAUUUGGGUUCAUGCGUCCUGGUGACCUGACUCUAUACAUCUUAAUGUGAUGGCAUAUUUCCAAUACAGGAACAGACACCUAGCCCACACCUCUCACUCCUUCUCACCAUUCAGUUGGCCAUAUCACUCUCUACUCAGUGCCCCAAGGAGGAGAUGUCCUGCAAAAACCAGAGAAUAAAAUGAUGCUUUCCUGGCUUUUGACCUUCAAAAGCCUAGACUCGAAAGGGAACAGAAAAGACUUAAGGCAUGGACAAAAGAUUUGAGAGAAAACAUAAGUAAGGCAUCCCCAACUCCAGAUUAACAAAAGAUUCGCUAAACUAGGGAGUAGGAAGAGAGAGGAGGAGGGGACAUAGUGAGACCAUUGGCCCAGAAGGGUCCAAAAAGGGAGGGGCUCUGAGCCUCAUUCCCUAGACCACACCCCCGGACAGGUCUGCAGGAUCUGAAAGCUGGAGCAACUCAUGCCUUGGUGGUCAAGUAUAAUUAAAAUCCAGAGCAGGACUCCAAAGUAGAAAUGGUUUCAAGGUGUGUCUGGGUAGCCAAGUCUUUGCACAUGGCCCAGCAGUGGUAGAGAGCAUCAGACUAAAAGGGGUGAUACAGAAGGGACUAAGAAGCUGCUCUGGGAGGGUCUACCUGCACCGCUGACUGGGGGCCCAGUGGAAUGAUGGAAAUCUCAGGGAAUGGGUGCCGUACGGACUGUGGUGACCAGAGAACACUCUCCCAGUACCUUUGCAUUAUAUAAGACCCUUGGAACUCAGCUGUGACUCUUGUGGAAAGAGAAGAAAUCCCAAAUUGACUAAAGAUUGUUUCUGACACUAAAGCAAAAUGGGGAUUCAAAACAGAAGUUAUAUUGUUGUGAUAUUUCUUGCACGUCUGAGAUUUGUACUUGGUAGUCCAAUUUCCUGGGACCUCUGCUUGCUUCCCAGCUGGGUGUGAUCACCACAAGGGAGGUCUGUCUCACUGGUUUAAACCAUCUCAGUGCAUGCGCA